AGCAUACCGAGAGAGGAACUGAAAUAAACUCCACCGACCAGGCGACCACCGCCAUUUUCUCAAUGCGAAACCCUCUCCGACGAUUGGAAAUCCUCGCCGUUCUGAUUGGGGGGAAGAGUAGCUGGAGUAGAAUCCGCCGUCGCCGAACGAAUCUUCACCUGUGGAUAUUGGCGGAAUAGUCAACUCCGGCGGCGGUGAAAAGUAAGCCUGGACGGUGUGGCGAAACCGAGAAUGUGCAAGCUUGAUUGCUUGCUCUGUGUUUGGUGAUUGUUGUUUAAGGUGUAAUAGUUUCGAGUGGAGGUGAGAAGCAGGAGAGGCCUCAACGAUCCAUACUGUGGCGUCAGCUACGUCCCCGCCACCAGUCUCAUUGUCGUCGUCACCUCCGUGUCUAGUUGGAGGACCCAUCACCUCCAUGACGAAGUAGGAGUGAAGGAAUUGUCAGAAUUGCUUGCUGGGUUGCGUUGUUUCUGAGAGAAUCCGCUUUGCUUAAGGGAUGACUGCUGAAGGUGGGGAAGAAUCACGGCACAACCGGACACGCAGAGAGUUGGUAUGUCAUGCCGGUGCUGGUGCUGCCGCAGGUGCUAUUGCGGCCACGUUUAUGUGCCCAUUGGAUGUGAUCAAGACAAGGUUGCAGGUCCAUGGGCUGCCUGUAUCACAUUCAUCCUUAGGUAGUGCUAUUGUCACAAUCUUACAGAGCAUAGUCAAGACUGAAGGUUUUCGGGGGAUAUAUCGUGGACUCUCCCCUACUAUAUUGGCGAUACUUCCUAAUUGGGCUGUGAGUAUUGUUCCUGUGUAUUUCACAGUGUAUGAAAAAUUGAAAGGCUUGCUUCUUACAAGGGAUGAAAGUGGCCAAUUAACGGUUGGUCGAAACAUGAUUGCUGCUGCUGGGGCUGGUGCUGCCACAUCCAUCGCAACGAAUCCAUUGUGGGUUGUCAAAACUAGGCUCCAAACACAGGGAAUGAGGCCUGGUGUUGUUCCAUACACGAGCAUAUUUUCGGCUUUAAGGAGAAUAACUUGCGAGGAAGGUCUGCGAGGGCUGUAUAGUGGUAUUCUGCCCUCUUUGGCUGGGAUAAGUCACGUUGCAAUCCAGUUUCCUGCAUAUGAAAAGAUCAAGUCGUAUAUGGCAACAAGGGAUAAUACAACUGUUGACAAGCUAGGCCCUGGGAAAGUAGCAAUUGCCUCCUCGAUAGCCAAAGUUGUAGCUUCUGUAACAACUUACCCCCAUGAGGUAAUCCGUUCACGGCUUCAAGAGCAAGGGCAGGUCCGAGGUUCCGAGGCUAGGUAUGCCGGCGUAGUUGAUUGUGUCAGGAAGGUGUUCCUCAAGGAAGGCCUUCCAGGGUUCUACCGUGGUUGUGCUACUAAUUUAAUGAGGACAACGCCGUCAGCUGUCAUUACAUUUACCAGCUACGAGAUGAUACAUAGGUUGUUGGAGCGCCUUAUACUCCCUGACAAGGGGGCAUUCAAAGCCUCAACAUGAACAAAGGGAAGGGUCGAAUAGACGAUGACUAAAAGGUGGUGUUGAACCAGGCGCAAGGAAACCCACAAAAAGAGCUUCCUCCAUACAUCUGUGAUGUAAAUGAAGAGUGAAAAUGGCAUUGCAAGUUCUUAUGUGUUUUGCCUCCUCGACCGUAGAAAGCCGGGUUGUGGGCUAAAUAAGUUGCUCCUAAAUUGUCGCACCAAAGGAUUGGAGCAGAAGGCAGAGGAUGACCUAGUUCUGAGAGGAGAGCUUGAAUCCAUAUUACUGUCGGGGCCAACGUUGCUAGUGCCUGAUACUCACAUUUUGUUGACGAUCGAGCGACUGGCUUUUUGCUUUCCGGUAGACCAAGAUAUGGACUUGCGGUCGCGAGCAAAAGAGGCGCGUCGGAGUAUCCAUGUAUUUGAGGGUGAGAAGAGUGCUGAAAAAACCAUCCCUUUGUUUAGAGUGCCCCACAUUAUCCGUUUUACUGCCGAUCUGUGAGCCUCAGUGGGUGUAUGCUGAUAUAGUGAAACAUGAUUGACGACAAAGGAGAGGUUUGGUCGUGUGAAACAUAAGUAUUGUAACCCACCAACGAUACUACGGUACAGACCAGGAUCAAAGAAGGCUGGAGAUGUGUCGGAAGCACUAUGAAUAAUCUGAUCAACAAUACAUGGAGCAGAAAUUUCCUUUUAGCUUACGAC